GAAUUGUACUGUCGUCUCAAGCUCUUCCGUGUUCAGUCAAGAAGAAGAGAACAAAUACUUGUCAAGCCACUUCUUACGCAACAGCCCAAAAGAAGCAAUUCAAACGUUGUUUUUUGUUUUGUUGGUAAAUUGCCUUUACAUUUCUUACAGACUACAUUUGAAUCUGUCAUCGGGGAAUCAUCAUAUCAAUGGGGUAAAGAUAUUUCAAUUAUAAAAAUGUUGUUAAAGAAGAUAAAGACUGAGUUUCUUCUCUGUGAGAGGGGAAAAGAAGUUGUUGCCACAGAUGCUGUAGAAUUCCUCGGCCAAAUCAAAGAGAUUGUGUCAAAACAUCGCGACAGAAAGAUUCCUCUUGCAAAGCCGAAAAGUUACGAGUUGAGAAUCGGGGGUCUGGAGGACACUGUCCACGCUGGAGAUGGUGAACAGUUAGAAGUUUGGAAAGACUGCUACCUUCCAGAGAGAAUGGAGAUGGUGGUCAUUGGUGCCCUGGAUGACUUCCGAUGUUCGGCAGCAGGAUGGCAGCUGGUUCUCCUGUUAUGUGAAGAUGGCAAUGUCUACGCCUACGAGUUUGAAGUUCUACACCUGGUUGCCAGAAGCUUGGAGGAUCUCUUUAAAUCUGGAGCGGAGUUCCCAGGACUGGAGAAAUUCAGAUUUGGAGAAUGCUUUGAGGAAUUGACUGAGGAAGAGAUGGAGAAACAGAUGCAAUGUGAUGAAAUAAAGAAAAUCGAUGACGAGCAUAUUCAGUUCCGAAGAAGAUUGGAGAUUGAGAUGCUGGAGGAUCUCAAAGCAAUCAAGCAAUCUGAGUCAACCUUUCAACCCAACAAAGUAAUGAAGAGCCAAGUCGGACCGGAUUUUCAAGGCCUUCAUUGGGAGCACUGCAAACCAUCAAGAAAUCUCACAUGUCAAAUGCCAUUGGUGGGCCUCGACAAUGUCUUGUGAUGAACACAGAUCACAAACUGCACUUUUUGUUUUGCUGUUUGACUACCUGUACAGUAUUAUCUCUGCACAGGGACUGGUUUAUGGAUUUCAUGGCAAAAAGAGUCUGGACUUAAGAAUGAACAUGUUUUAUGUUUUUCUACUUUGAGUAUAAGGCCCAGAAAGGGGCAAAGUUUGAGAUUACUUAGUGCAAUUGUGAUCAAUUAUGAUACAGAUUUUUUUUUUAUAUACCAUGCAUUGGGAAAGUAUUCAGACCCCUUUACUUUCUCCACAAUGUGUUACGUUACAGCCUUAUUCUAAAAUGGAUUACAUUAAACAUUUUCCUCAUCAAUCUACACACAAUACCCCAUAAUGACAAAGUAAAAAAACAGUUUGGGAAAUUUUUGCACAUUUAUUCAAAAUAAAAAGCAGACACCUUAU